AUGCACAGGUAUGAUUAUGACUACGACGAUGAACAUAAUGAUAUUGAGGAGUAUAAAGUUGGAAAUAUCCACAGUGAAGUGGAGGGUGAGUAUGUAGAGGAAGGAGAUAUUCAAGAUGAUGAUGAGGAGGAGGAGGAGGAGGACGCUUACAAUCUUGAAUACGAACAACUAAUGUAUGCCAAUACCCAAAAUACACCAAAUCAAUCAUUUCACCAAACAGACCAAAGCCACGAGUCCAAAGGUGUUCUGCAGUUUUCUGGACAUGAAACUGACCCCCAAGUACACUUUCGACAGCUGGAACAUGGCGUGGAGAUGAUAUUGAAAAGCUCACCUUUUCUCGAAGGAUCUUCUCAGUUUCCCUCUAAUUGA